ACUCCCUCUCUACGUAUGCCAUUCUCCUACGGGAACUUGGUCGAGAGAAAGUUUAGGGCGAAAAAAAUGUAAUCCUGUCUAGUGUGGACAGUGAAAUGGAUUUAUGACCAUCAGAAAACAACUCGGACAUUUGGUUAAAACUAAGGAUUCACUAGGGCUACGUCAUUUGGUUGUUGUGGAGUUGAAAAGUUUAAUUAAACUUUUAAAAAAAAGAAGCAUUUGGGGGAUCGGAAUUUACCGGUGACAGUUUCAAGGGAGAAAAACGAAAACAAGAGGUUCUAAUGCAAAACCGUGACAAAUCAGAGUUGGAUCUGACCUGACUGUGGAAUUUACCGCUUUAAAUGAGACCAGCAUAAUUCAUAAAGCAAUUUUUCAUUAGAAUUUCUAUUUUUACACUGUUUUACACGGUUUUCACAUUGAGUAAUACGUUAUGGCGAAGAAGUACGACUUCCUUUUCAAAUUACUACUCAUUGGUGAUAGUGGAGUGGGGAAAACAUGCCUUAUCAUCCGAUUUGCGGAGGACAACUUCAACUCCACGUACAUAUCAACGAUUGGCAUCGACUUCAAAGUGAAGACCAUCGACGUUGAGGGAAAGAAAGUGAAGCUCCAGGUCUGGGACACGGCGGGUCAAGAGCGGUUUAAGACCAUAACCACGGCAUACUACAGAGGAGCCAUGGGAAUCAUCCUUGUUUAUGACAUCACAGACGAGAAGUCUUAUGAGAACAUUCAGAACUGGAUGAAAAGCAUCAAAGAGAAUGCAUCAGCAGGGGUCAGCAGGAUGUUGCUAGGCAACAAGUGUGACAUUGAGGCCAAGAGGAAGGUAUCCAAGGAAACAGGGGAAAAGCUGGCAAAGGAUCAUGGGAUCAGGUUCUUUGAGACGAGUGCAAAGUCCAGCAUAAAUGUUGAUGAGUCUUUUAUGGCCUUGGCACGAGACAUACUACAGAAGUCCAACAAGAAACCGGGGGUCACAGGUCGCGAGGUCAAAAUCACCAGCAGCACAGAAAAGAAGUCUUCCAAGUGUGUCCUCCUGUAGCACGACUCGCCGGCGCUGCAGCUCCGGCACAGUGGGGCCCUGGGACCUGCAAGCCUCCAGCACCGUGGGGCCCUGGGACCUGCAAGCUUCCAGCACCGUGGGGCCCUGGGACCUGCAAGCCUCCAGCAUGCAUAGGAACAGUAUUAUUGGAAACAAAACGAGGUGCAGUCUGUAGAGUUAUCUGUGUCCUGUGGCAGUUUUGAAUACAAUCAAACAAAAAUACAAAAAAAAAGAAAGCAGGGUUUUUAAAUGGUGUCAUAUCCACCUCCUUAGAUGCCACUACUUCAGUGAUAGAUUUAUGUUUUCCCCCUCAGUGCAAUGUAGUUCCAUAAAGACAAGAAAAUGUCACCAAGAGAUAUUUAACGAGAGCAGUUUCAUCACCAACCUUACUUCCAUUAAAUUGUUGUUUUAUCAGAUCUCUCUCAAUGGUAUUGUUACCAUGGGGAUGGAUAGGGAACCAGGGUACAAUAACACUAUAUCUGAAUCACACAGAAAUCGAAAUGUUUCACAGGUUUGCACUAACCAUUCCAUGACAGCAACCUAGCAUUCUGUGUUCUUUUGGAAUUGAACUGCCACAUACCACCCCUUCCCAGGUACGGUCAAAAGUUGUGGAACGUGUACCCCAUGAGGUCAGGAAGAGGGUCAGGGGCGAAGUUGCAAACUUUACACUCCUCUUUAUUUCUUUAGAUAUCAUCUAAAUUAAACAGAAAUAGAGAUUUAAGGGUUACAAUAUAUGUUAUUAUUAUAAUGCCAGUGUUUGGUUCUCAAAGUGUUAGUUUUUCCACGUUUAUCAGAGGUUUCAGUACCUAAGAAAAAGGGUUUGGUAAUGAUCUCCUGUUCAUAAUAUUACCUGUAGCUAUGUGAAGAAGACACAGGGAUUCAUCCAGGAUUCAGGCUAGCAGAUUUCAAACAGUGCAGAAUCUAUAGGCUCAGCUAAGCUUCCACUGAUGGUUCACAGACUUGACUAUUAACAAGAAUGCCUGUUGACUAUUUCCCAGUAGGCUAGCACAGUUAGACAGACAUCAUUAGGGGAAGGAGAUUUAGUGGAUACGUGUGCUGUGUGGGUAAACUGCCACACUCUGGACAGAUGGAGUAAGAAUGUGCGAGUGAGGGAGAGAGAUAAGUGCAAUAUGAGAAGAGGAGCAGAGAGAGAGAAUGAUGGAUGAAGUGAGGGAAUGAACGAGAGAACCUGUUAAGAUUUUAAUAAAUGUUGAUCGUACUGAAGUGAAGGACACACCUCCAGUCCCCCUACCCCCCCUUUCGAGGACACCAUGGUCCCUUUCCGAUAGAUCUUCAUAUCAAUCCUCCUCCACAUGAGGUUAUUGCUGAUCUGUAGUUGUAAAGGCCAAAACACAGCAGCCCCACCCAGCCCAGACAUACUGAUACUGACCUGAUGUGCUGUUAACCCUGAGGAAUUAAGCUGACUCAUGGUUUGAGGAAGUGAAUUGCCUAGAGCAGUUUCAGUUGAAGAACUUGGAUCAGUUGAGUAAAUUACACCUCAGUACAAAAACUAGAGGAAAUUCAUUUUAUAAAACUGUUUUGAGUCAACUCAAUUAAUCAGGUUUUACAGUAUUGUCACAGAGGCUGUCAGAUAUAGAUUAGACGAUAGAAUUGUAGGAUCCUGUCUUUACUUAGAUUAAAAGAUGUCCUUUUUGGGUUGUGGUGUGAUUUGCUGAGAAAAUUAAACCCCAAUGAUUUUCACCCACCCAACCUCACCAGAUGAAUUAUUCAAAGGCAACAAUCAGGUGCUUCUCAUGUCCAGACGUUACACACUCACUAAUGCACUUGAGAUUUGGUUGCUGCCCAAUAAUACACUGUGGUUUCCUUUGCCUGUUUUUAAACAGGAAGUUUUCUGACAGGAAGUAUUAAAAGUCUCGAUCCAUCCGUCUUUUUCAGAACACCUGUACGGUAAACUGGACGGGGAUAAUUUUGGGGGGGAUUAUUGAAAUGUAACUGACCUGUAAGUUUGUAACUGACCUGUAAUUUCUCGUGUUUUAUUCUGCUUUUACACUUUCUGUCAAGCAUUCCUCGUCUGAUCAAUUAGGCCUAUAAGCACAAUGUAUGUUUACAUACCUGCUGCUUAUUGAAUAAAAAACUUUCAAAAUA